AUGCGCAUUUACGUUCAAGUUCCACGUACUGGUUAUGACCGCGUGGACAAAGCUACCCUCGCCAAAGAAGCAACUCAAUUCACACCCCCGGAGCUAAUUACAUACCAAUUCCUCACCGACAAUCGCUCGAGAAAUACGCCUCUACUACUGGGAUACAAAAUGGACACUCAACCUACCGACGGACCAGUUCCUGGUGGACAUGUCACAUGGAUUGUGUGGGAGAAGGUGCCUGGAAAAUGCCUAGGAGAUUACAAAUCGGCAUCUGUGUACUGGGAUAUGACACCCGAUCAACGAAAGCGUGUCCGUGAGUCCUUCCUUCGAGAGAUUCCGUGA